AGCAGCAGCAGCAGCAGCAGCAGCAGCAGCAGCAGCAGCAGCAGCAGCAGCAGCAGCAGCAGCAGCAGCAGCAGCAGGAGGAUGGGGGGCAUGUCUCUGGCAAAGUGAAGAUUCUGCUUCCCAGGAGAGGCCCCUCAGCAGCAGCAGCAGGAAAUGCAGCAGCAGCAGCAGCGGACAAUGCAGCAGCGGAUGCAGCAGCAGCAGCAGCAGCAGAAAAUGCAGCAGCAGAUGCAGCAGCAGCAGCAGCAGCAGCAGCAGCAGUGCAGGUCUUAUCGCUGGACCAGGCAUAUUGGGGUGUACGCACAGGGGACUUGCUGCUGCUGCAGUUCAGCAGCAAAGACAGCAGCAGCAAAGACAGCAGCAGCAAAGACAGCAGCAGCAAAGACAGCAGCAGCAAAGACAGCAGCAGCAAAUAUAAACCCCUUCUUAUCAUAUCACAAACUUGGGGGCCCCCCAAAGCCACAGGGGCCCCCGAGGGGGCCCCCCAAGGGGGCCCCCAGGGGGCCCCCCGGGGGGCCCCCCAGGGGGCCCCCGGGGGGCCCCCAAGUGGGUUUGACCCAAACCCGAACCCUGAAGCCAAACGCCUGUUUGAGAAAACCCCUGGGGUUUGA